CAACAGUUGGAAUCCUUUUCUUCUUUCUCUCUGUAUCAGUGAUACAGGGUCAAAAUAACCGGGCAGUGACUUACACCUCUACUCAGAUCUGUGCCUUAGCAGGAUCAACAGUGGACAUACGCUGCAGCUACACGUACCCAUCCGGAGGAAAUGAUCAAGCUACAACAGUUACAGAAACUUUAUGGUUCACGAAAGGAGGUGAUGUUGCACCAAUGGAUCUGACAACAGAUGCAGAGUACGCAGGUCGUGUACAGUACAGUUCUACUGACAAGGACUGCACUCUGAGAAUCACAGACCUGAGAGAGAGCGACUCAGCUGUGUACAAGUUCAUGUUCAUAACAAACCAACCAGGUGGGAGAUUUAUUGGUUCACCUGGAGUCACUCUGUCUGUCACAGCUCUCCAGGUGAGGUCCAAGGUCUUCAAACCAAGUGUACCAAGUGUCCAUGCAGAGCUGUCUUGUGAAAGCACAUGUCAGCUACCUGGUCCUCCGACCUACUUCUGGUAUAUAAGUGGAAGGAGUUCGAUCAAAGGACAGACAAAGGAAGGAAAAACUUACGAAACUAACUUUUAUUAUAAAGACAGUUUUGCCUGCGCUAUAAGAGGAUUUGAAGAAUUUGCAUCUCGUCCAGAGUGUGCCCAUAACAGAUACUGCAACAUAGUGUCCUACAACAAGAGAAGCAUUUGUGCCUUCAAGGGCUCAUCCGUGGACAUUUCUUGCUCUUACUAUGGCUAUGAACUAGGCUUAUAUCUUGCAUUCAAAUUCUGGUUCAGCCCUGGACGCAGUCAUCAGUGGCAGAAUCCUUCACAGCCCGAGGACCUUACUCGCGACCCUCGGUACGCAGGUCGUGUUCAGUUUAGGGUAUCGGGAAGUGUGGCAACAGAGAGAGGACUUGCAACUCUGAGCAUCAAUGACCUGAGAGAGAGCGACUCAGCCGAGUAUCGCUUCAAAUUCAGAGCACAACGCUUUGAAUGGCAGACUGAUUUACCUGGCACAACACUGACUAUUGCAGCUCCCCGGGUGCAAGUGACAAAAGUAGUAGUCCAGCAGUCUGUUACUGAGGCAGAGUUGAGGUGUCAGAGCAGCUGCAGUCCAGCUGGUCGUCUCUCCUACGUCUGGUUCAAGAACGGAGAGAUUGUCAAAGGAGUAACGUAUUCUUACAGAGGCCAGUUUCAUCUUGGAGACAUCAUCUCCUGUGCUUUCAAAGGAUAUGAGAAUCACCGCUCUCCUUCAGUCUAUGCUCCAAAGCUUCCCUCUGUGUCAGCGCGUCCCUCAGCUGACGUAGCAGAGGGCAGUUCAGUGACUCUGACCUGUAGCAGUGAUGCUAACCCAGCAGCUAAAUACACCUGGUACAAGAAGAACGGAAAUCCAGACCUUAAACCCCUCAGUAAUAAACCACAGCUUGUCCUCAGCUACAUCCAGUCCUCUGACUCCGGACAGUAUUACUGCACAGCUGAAAAUGAGUUGGGGAGGAGGACGUCUGGAUACAUCUUUAUCAGUGUGAAGUAUGCUCCAAAGCUUCCCUCUGUGUCAGUGAGUCCCUCUGCUGAGAUAGUGGAGGGCAGUUCAGUGACUCUGACCUGUAGCAGUGAUGCUAACCCAGCAGCUAAGUAUACCUGGUACAAGAAGAAUGGAAAUCCAAACCUUAAACCUCUCAGUACAGAACCACAGCUUGUCUUCAGCUCCAUCCAGUCCUCUGACUCUGGAGAGUAUUACUGCACAGCAGAGAACGAGCUGGGGAGGAGGACGUCUGAAUCCAUCUCUAUUGAUGUGAAAUAUGCUCCAAAGCUUCCCUCUGUGUCAGUGAGUCCCUCUGGUGGGAUAAUUGAGGGCAGCUCGGUGACUCUGACCUGUAGCAGUGAUGCUAACCCAGCAGCUAUCUACACGUGGUACAAGGAGAACCAAAAACUGCUUCAAGGACCAAACAUUUAUGUUUUCCCAUCUAUCAGCUCAGAGAACAGCGGGAUCUACCUCUGCAAGUCUGAGAAUAUGUAUGGAAUGAUUAACUCUACAACUGUGCAGAUAGAUGUCCAUGACAAAUCAACAAUAAUCAUGAAUAUCAUCAGGCUGACUCUUGUGGUUGUGAUGCUGAUUCUACUGCUUCUUUUUUCUCUGUGGAUGAGAUUCAUGAAGAAGAAAACUCUGAGCUCCACCACUGAGCCAAAUGAACCCAAUGAGACUCUAGAGUUAAAGUCUGACUCUGAUUAUGCCACCAUCUCAGCCGUGAACACCAUCGAUGCAGAACAGACACAAGAUACAGAGGAGCAGGAAGACCUGGUGUGACGACACUGAAGUGGACACAUUUACCUUCAACUCUAAACAUUUAUAUUGUCAGUUUGUAUGUAGCAGCAGCAGGUAGGAGUCAGCAGCACAGGGUGUCAGCAGCAGCACGUCGCAGAUUAUUUUAGGAGCGUGGAAGCCUUAUGUGUACCUGUGCAGGUACAUUACAUGUGUUUGAAUUUAACUUGGUAUGCAAUAUGUUAUUUUAAAGUUUGAUGUAAGAAAUUGGUUUCAAGAAAUGCUGAUCACAUCCCACCUGUCCUG